AGAGCGUCGAGAGCGAUAGAGCUUUUCAGAGCCUACGAAGGAGGAUCAUUCCGACACCUGUAGUGAGGACAAGCAAGAACAUGGCCUUGCGUUCACAGUUGUCGACCAGGAGUAGCAUUCGCUGCUCCGCUAGUUCGUCCUCUACUGCCCUGCACUCAACACCCAUCAGGCGGAAGAUCUUCACGAGGACUACUUCUAUUCUAUGUUGCAGCAGCUUCUUGACUGCAUUGCUUGUUCCCCCUUCAGUAGCAGCCACUUGUCCUCCUGGUGCUGAACAAGGUUGCUUUGACGGAAAUUACCAAUGCGGACCAUGCUGUAGGAAUCUGGCUGUUCUUAAGACUUCCGCUCAAGCAUCCUCAACGCUUCUAUCCGUGAUUUGAAUUUUCAAGAAAGGGGAAAAGGGGCUCAGGGAUGGGCUCCUCAAGGAUGCUCUCUGUGGUAAGUAGCUCAUCUAAUCUUUCCAUCGGAAACUUGACCUGUUGGGAAGGUGAAAUAAAAUUCGCGACAUGCUGUGGAGUAACAAACUAUCGUUAUGGACGAUCAUGAAGACUUCUUCUAACUAUGUUAAAGAAUUGCACUCCGAGGACUUUUCGCUGUAUAUCAAGAGCAACUAAGCCCAAUUCGCUGUAUUCCAAGAGCAAUGGGUGAGCAAUGUGAGAAGGCGCGCCGUCGGUCGUGUUCGGGGAUAUGUGACAAAGCAAGGGGGGUCGUGUCUGUGGGAUCCUCGGCGGCUUACUCUUUCAGGCGCGCGCUUUUUGCGCUGCAUAGUGCGUGUCGCACUGACAACUCUGUCUAGGAUAUUCGAGGACUUUUCGCACUUCUGACCUUUGUCUAACCCCAAUUCGCUGUAUUCCAAGAGGCAGCCGAGCGUGGCGACUGGCUUGCCACGGACACGAACUUCGGCAAGAAGGAAGAAGUUUGUCCUCCCACGCAUCUAGAACAGUGUUUUGAUCGGCAUUUUCCUUGUGAAAGAUGCUGCGAUACGAAGUACGGUCCACAAGGGAAUCCAUAUUGUUAAGAUUGUGAAGUAGAUGUUGAUGUUCAUGUUCAUGUUAGGUUGGACAUUUUCAGUGUUGAACGUUCGGAAAAAUUUUUACUCUAAAACCACUGGCCAGCGGUUCCCGGGAUGCGAGAACUCUCCUACGGCCUUUGCUGUGGCACCCAAGCGCCUUUUGACGAGUCCGUUCUUGAUCGGGGAGAAGAGGGGCUUAGUAGAAGUAUAGGGUCUACUUAGGGUAGGAUUCGGAAGGAUGAAUAUCGAUACUCCUACUGAUAACGUUGCCUUUAAGACCUUUAUAAACCUUCAUGAUUAUACGCAUGGCUAUGGUUUUGUACCCGGCGUCGGUUUGAUAUCAUGUAGUUCUUGCCCUACUUUUUAGUAGUCGAGCAACACAUUAUUCCGUCACCGACAAAAAUGGAACAAACCAAAUAAAAAGUGUUGUGGAGCUGGCGGAAUGGCCAAGCCUGGAGACAAAGAUUUGCCGUGGCAGGUUCUACACUCCUUGUUCUUGAGAACGAAAGGAAUGGCUGCUGUGGUAUUUUGAAAAACGGCUAAUUUUUGCAAAAUGAGAAAGUGUACGAGUCUAAAGUAGACGGAUGCCCCAUAC